CACGACUCGCAAGCUGGCUCCAUUUUGUCUGAGAGAGUCACUUUCAUAAUCACAACCCAAAAAACCAACCGUUUAAAAUUUAGACCCAAUAACCGAACGUUCUUCCCCCCCAACCCCCUCUCUCUCUCCUCCGUUACUCGAAUCGCACGGUCGCUACAGAGACAGAGAAAAGUCAAUAAAAGAACACAGACCUCUCAUCAGUACAGUCAAAAUUCCAAAAAGAAGGGGCAAUGUUGAGCCCAAGAGCACCACAACCACAACCAUCACCACCAGCAGUACCACCAGUAGCGGCGGCGGCAGCAGCAGCACCACCACCAACCCAAGACUCAUUGGACUGCAUGCUCCCUGGCCCAGCCAGCCGCAACAACUUCGGAUCCGCCGACCUCAGCCCUUCAGGUCUCCUCGCCUUCCCUGCUAGUAGCUCCGUCGCUAUUCUCGACUCUCGCUCUCUUCAACUCAUCACCACUCUCCCUCUCCCACCUCCCAACUCUUCCAAUUCCUCCAAUUCUCUCUCUCCAUUCGUCACCUCCGUCCGCUGGACCCCACUCCCUCUCCGCCGCGACCUCCUGACCACCGAGCCAUCCUCCUCUCACCUCCUCCUCGCCGCCGGCGACCGCCAAGGCCGCAUCGCUCUCUUCGAUUUCCGCUCCAGAUCUCCUAUCCUCUGGUUCGAAACCGACUCCGCUUCCUCCAAAUCGGGCGUCCAGGACUUGUGUUGGGUCCAGGCCCGACCCGACUCGUACCUCCUCGCUGCAAUCAGCGGCGCCUCCACUCUCUCUCUUUACAACACCUCAACCGGAAGAUGCUUUUUCAAAUACGACGCCGCGCCGGAAUUCCUCUCUUGCCUCCGCCGCGACCCCUUUGAUUCCCGCCAUUUCUGCGUCCUCGGCCUCAAGGGCUUCCUCUUGUCCGUCAAGGUCCUCGGCGAGACCGAGGACAAUAUCGUCCUCAAGGAGCUUCACGUUCCGACCGACUGCUCUGAAUUGCAGAGAUUAGAGAGAGACGCCGCGGCCUCCGCCUCUGGCACUGGAAAUGGUUCGAAUUCCUCGGCGCCUGCCUCCGGAGUGUUCCCGCUCUAUGCGGUGAAGUUCUCGUUUUCGCCGCAGUGGAGGUACAUUGUGUUCAUCACGUUCCCCAGGGAGUUGGUAGUGUUUGAUUUGCGGUAUGAGGCAUCGCUCUUCUCAUCUGCAUUGCCUCGUGGCUGCGGCAAGUUUCUUGACGUGUUGCCGGAUCCGAAUAAUGAGUUGAUAUAUUGUGCUCACCUCGACGGGAAGCUCAGUACUUGGCGGCGCAAAGAAGGAGAGCAGGUGCACAUAAUGUGCGCAAUUGAAGAGUUGAUUCCCUCAAUUGGCACACCUGUCCCUUCUCCUUCAAUUCUUGCUGUCAUCAUCUGCCGAUCAGAUUCCACCUUCCAAAAUGUUGGCAAGCUCUAUUCUGAUGUAUCUUCUCCUUCCCCAGAUGUGGAUUUUGAUACUCCUUUUGAUUUUUGUGAUGAACCUCUUCUUGUUUCUAAGACGCAUUUAAUCUCCAUUUCUGAUGAUGGAAAAAUAUGGAAUUGGCUAUUGACUGCUGAAGGGCCAGAAAAUACUCAGAAGGAUGAUACAAACUUGGGCUUGGUUGCUGAUGUCAGUGAAGUGCCAGUUCCUGGGACCAAUGCUAAUACUGUAAUUUCUUCUAGUAGUGGAUCUUUCAUGGAAGCAGGUAAGCAACCAGAACAUAUGGAUAGUGGCAGAAGCUGCCCAUCAAACUCUACCUCCAGCCUGGCAGAUAUGUCCUUUAAGAUUAGCUUGGUUGGACAGCUUCAGCUUCUUUCUUCGACAGUGACCAUUUUGGCUGUACCAUCCCCUUCUUUGACUGCUACUUUGGCCCGUGGGGGAAACAUUCCUGCUGUUGCUGUUCCACUGGUUGCUUUAGGAACUCAAAGCGGGACAAUAGAUAUUGUUGAUGUUUCUGCAAAUGCCAUUGCUGCAAGUUUUUCUGUACACAACGGAAUGGUUAGAGGAUUACGGUGGCUUGGAAAUUCUAGACUGGUUUCAUUUUCUUACAGUCAGGCAAAUGAAAAAUCUGGAGGCUACAUCAAUAGGCUUGUUGUGACCUGUGUUCGAAGUGGCCUCAAUAAAAUGUUUCGGGUUUUACAAAAACCAGAACGUGCACCCAUAAGAGCUUUAAGAGCUUCUUCAUCUGGAAGGUAUUUGCUAAUUUUGUUUCGUGAUGCUCCUGUAGAGGUUUGGGCAAUGACGAAAACUCCCAUUAUGCUUAGAUCAUUAGCUCUUCCAUUUACGGUAUUGGAAUGGACUCUUCCGACAGUUCCACGGCCUGUUCAAAAUGGACCUUCUACACAAUCAUCAUUAUUGUCUAGGGAUCAUACAGCUGUGUCAUCAGAUGUGGCAUCUACACAGACUGUGGCAUCAUCUUCAGAUUCUAAGGCAGUGAGCUCAGAUGGAUCUCAAGAUGACUCUUCCGAAAGUUUUGCAUUUGCACUAGUAAAUGGUGCACUUGGAGUUUUUGAGGUUCAAGGGCGAAGGAUCCGAGACUUCAGACCAAAAUGGCCUUCUUCUUCAUUUGUACUAUCGGAGGGAUUGAUUACAGCCAUGGCCUACCGCUUGCCUCAUGUGGUUAUGGGAGACAGGUCAGGGAACAUACGGUGGUGGGAUGUGACAACUGGACAUUCUUCCUCAUUUAGUACUCAUAGAGAAGGAAUCCGGCGAAUCAAAUUCUCACCAUUUGUAUCUGGAGACCGUAGCCGAGGGCGUAUUGCUGUUCUAUUUUAUGACAAUACAUUUUCUGUAUUUGAUCUUGAUUCGCAGGACCCAUUAGCCAAUUCUCAUUUACAACCUCAAUUUCCAGGAACCCUUGUAUUGGAGCUUGAUUGGUUGCCUUUGCGAACUGAUAAAAAUGACCCAUUGAUAUUGUGCAUUGCUGGAGCUGAUAGUAGCUUUCGCCUUGUUGAGGUUAAUACAAAUGACAAAAAAAUUGGCUACAGACCUCAGUCCAGAACUGUUAAAGAGAGAUUCCGGCCAAUGCCUAUAUGUGCUCCCAUUCUACUUCCUACUCCACAUGCCCUGGCACUCCGAAUGAUAUUGCAAUUGGGAGUGAAGGCCUCUUGGUUUAAUACAUGCAGUACAACUCUAGAGAAAAGACCACACCUAAUUCCAGGAACUGCUUCGUACACAGGAGAUCUUCGCAGCUACAUGAUUGACUUACCACCUGUUGGUGAUGCUGUGGUGCCAGAGAUGCUCCUAAAAGUAUUAGAACCUUAUCGAAAAGAAGGCUGCAUACUUGAUGAUGAGAGGGCGAAAUUAUAUGCGAAGAUAGUGAAUAAAGGUUGUGCAGCGAGGUUUGCCUUUGCAGCCGCAAUAUUUGGUGAAUCUUCCGAAGCACUUUUCUGGCUACAGCUGCCUCGUGCUCUCAAUUAUUUGAUAAAUAAGUUAGUAAAUAAGUCCCCACAAAAAGUCCAUGUAUCAGCAUCAACUUCAGAGCUUGAUGACACAGCUCUGCUGAAGAGGAUAACAUCAAAGGAAAGAUCAAUGCCAGGAAAAGGGAAGAAGGAUGCACUUAGUCAAGGUCAACUUAGGUUGAUGGCUUUUGAACAAGAAGAAUUAUGGGAAGCUGCUAAUGAGCGUAUUCCAUGGCAUGAGAAAUUAGAGGGAGAAGAGGCUAUUCAGAAUCGUGUACACGAUCUUGUCUCGGUUGGAAACUUAGAAGCUGCAGUUAGUUUGUUGCUUUCAACUCCUCCAGAGAGCUCUUACUUCUCUGCAAAUGCCCUGCGUGCAGUUGCUCUUUCUUCUGCAGUGUCAAGGUCUCUUCUUGAACUUGCAGUAAAGGUAGUUGCAGCCAACAUGGUCAGGACUGAUAGGUCACUGUCUGGCACUCAUCUUCUCUGUGCUGUUGGAAGGUAUCAAGAAGCUUGUUCUCAGCUACAAGAUGCUGGAUGCUGGACAGAUGCUGCUACUUUAGCUGCUGCACAUUUAAAGGGAACUGAUUAUUCAAGGGUGUUACAAAGGUGGGCUGAGCAUUCUCUUCGCUCUGAAUAUAACAUUUGGAGAGCUUUGAUUUUGUAUGUUGGAGCUGGUGCACUUCAAGAGGCAUUAGCAGCACUUCGUGAGGCACAACAACCAGACACAGCAGCUAUGUUCGUCCUUGCUUGUCGUGAAAUAUAUGCAGAAAUAAUUGCUGAUUUAGGAGAUUUAGAUGAUGAAUCUAGUUCUUUGGUGAAGGAUAAGUUGCGUAACUUACCUGUGUUGGACCCAGAGAAUGAAGAUGUAAUUGCAGUAGGUGAAUGUUAUGGGCAAUACCAAAGAAAAUUGGUGCAUCUGUGCAUGGACUCUCAACCAUUCUCUGACUGAAAGGACUGCGCUUGGUCACAUGCCUCCCAUGCUUUUCAUUCAUACCAGUGUUUUUACAGUGAAAAUUGGCAAAUAUCUUCUGGAUUCAUUAUCAAAAGAUGACUGGGUAUUAUAAUAGGCAGUUGGCAGUGGAUGAUCUUGAGCAGCUCAAGAGAAGGGAUUUACCAGUCCGCAUAAACACGGAUUAGGCUUGAAUGAUGAAAUUUUAGCUUACUCGUUUUUUGCAAAGGUUGCUUGUUGUAGAUAACCAUUACAGGAAGCUUUGAUUAUAGUGUUGUAACUAAUGUAGAAAAUUUUGUCCGCAAGAAUAUUCACAUACACCAUAUGGUUGAUAGGAAUGAUAUCAAUUCUUAGAGAAAGAAUCAAUGUUAUUCUUUGAUUUUGUACAACACUACAUUAAUCAUAUUCUUUUUUGUUGUCA